AUGAUUAUUGCCGCUGUUACUCUGGCUCUUUUAUGUUGUGUUGGGCAAUCAUACGAGCAAAUUUACGACCCACUUUGCAUACAAAAGGGUCGCAAAUGUGGUAAUAAUAUGGUCUACAGAGUUAUCGACGAAGUGAAAUAUGCUGACGAUGUAUCACCUAAAGUGAUAUGCAUUGUGGAAUGCACAUGCAUCAAUGAACAGUAUGAAAGAAAAAAUGGACAGUGCAUUGAAAAAAACAAUAUUACGAAACGAAACGAAGCUGAGCUUCCUUUUGAAGUGCCAACAACAAAGGCUUGCAACGGAAGAACCUGUACACUUGACGAAAAAAUCACCGAUAUUAUGUGCUCAUUAACAGCCCAGAAAUGUGGACCAAAUAUGGUCUUUAAGAUCGUAAAUGACCCUGUACGCAUAAAAUUUGGUAUAUUAUCAUAUAAGAUUUGUAUUCAACAGUGCACUUGCGACAAUAAUGAAUACACGAAAAUAGAUGGACAAUGCGUUAAAAAAAAUAGUGUUUCGAUGCGAAACGAACCUGAGUUUGGUCGUGAAAUAUUGCCUAAACACUGCGCGGGAAGAGUGUGUGCACUUGAUGAAGAAAUUUUCAAUGUUCCGUGUUCACUGACUGGUAAAAUUUGCGGAACCAAUAUGAUAUUUACUAAAAUCGGUAAAUUGCUUAAAAAGAAUGGCACUGAAGUUUGCUUCCAAAAAUGUACUUGUAUGAGUGAGGAAUAUGUCAAAGCCAAUGGUCAGUGCAUCCUUUCUACGAAAGGAAAUGAAACUGCGACACCAACUUCAACCCAACGAUCUGCCACCGAAUCAAAACUUCAACCAACCAUGCGAAAGUUUUCUAAGACUCGCUCUUCUAAGAAUUGCGUUGGACGAACUUGCGAGCGGAUUCGCGACCUAUUUUGCAGAUCUGAAGUGUGGCGAUAA